AUGAUAACUUCACCUCAUAUUCUGCAGGUGCAAACGGCUGAGGACGAGGUUUGCGAGCUUAGUGACUCCUCGCCGGCCAAAAAAAACAGAGCUCACUCACUGUCUGCAGAGGAAAUUGCACUACACAAAGCACUCAACCGCCCUGAUUUCCCACAAAAUCUUCUCAUCACAUCUCCGCCUGUCGACCUCUGGAGCCUCUUUUCAAAAACACUAAAAGCGGCCAGAAAUGUCUUCCACGUUACACCUUCAAAGCUCGAUUUCAACAACUACUUCCUUCUCCAGCUAGCCACCCCCCAACAAUGGACAAACACACUUCACAUGAUCGUACUAAUGCACGUUCUUGGGGAACGUCACAAGAGCGUACUUCUUAUGCACAAUUCCGUGUUUACGACGCCUGAAUUGACUUCGUUGAUGCUGUCCAAAGAUCGCCAAUUCCAAGCCGCAGUUAGAAAAGAUAGGCUUCGUUGGGACUCUCGACUGACAAAAUUGAUCCUGGCACCCCGUCUAACUUGGAUGAAAGAAGUCCACACAGUCUACACUCCUAUGAUAUGGGCAGACAAGCACUGGGUUGGUCUCGCUAUCAACCUCGCCAUUGGACAUGUUGAAGUAAUGGACUCAGCCCCCACCCUGUACGACGAUGGCAAGGUACUGAAGUUCAUGAAGCCCAUUCUUCAGAUGCUACCCUACCUUGUUCGCUAUGUGGCAAAGAACAACGCUCGCAACCUCUCACCUUUUACAUGGGAGCGCAUCCCCGGCACCUACGAAAACCUUAGGUCUGGUGACUGCGGCCCCGUUUGUGCGAAGUUCAUGGAAAUGCACCUCCACGACAAUCCAUAUCCACACAUGUCAGGGAUCACAGAUGCCAUGGUUGACCAGUUCCGCAAGGUCUACGCAAUGGAUGCGUACAAAACCAUCAUCCUACCAGCUUACCAGCCUACUACAACUGGGUAGUCUUCUCAUUACUAGGACUUUUCUUGUGUUCAGGAGGCACCUUAUCCUUUUUUGUACUACUAUUGUGCCCCUAUCGGCUGCUGCUACUUGUUUUGUGUUUUUCUUGCACCUCGGCUAGGACUUGUUAUGUAAACUACCAACUAAAACUCUAAUGCUAGCUAAUCAACUACGUAUUUCUCAUUACUUACCAUUUUGUUCUAACCACACGUGACUAUCCACAGAUCCAUACGCACCAAAACACUUAUAGUUCCAACCACCGCUAUCCGUCCACGAAUUCAAACCUACCCUGUAACGUUUUCCUGUUACAGGACCCACCAACACAUUGAUAAAUCUCGUUAAAGACUAACAAAAGUAGAUCUCCCCUCAUAAUAUCUCCAACUCACAAUACCUCUUCUCUCUUCAUCUCAGAUCUUAAAAAAUAUUUGCCUCCACCAAAUGGAAAAUGUACAAGGAAUACCCAGGCAGUGCCAUUGUGGGUCUCAGACCAUUGUUCUCACAUCCAGAACCCAAGAAAACCCAGGGCGAAGGUUCUUUCGUUGCGGGACAACCUCCGGUCCAGGACACCUUUUCAAGUGGGUUGACGAAGCCAACUCCGAAGAGUUGGGAAUGCUGGCAGAUAAACAAGCCACUCUCCAACAAGACAUGACACAACUUAAGCAAGAUCUUCUCGACCUCAAGACAGAUAUUUGUGAGAUUCUUGAUGUCCUACAGAGUAUUAGAUCUAAUGCGUAGAUCCAGUGUUUCACUUAUUUCAAUGCUCUAGUAGAGAACAAUGUAUCACUUCCACUAUGCAAUUAUGUGUCUUUAUUGAUUUUCUUAACAAAAGCAUCCUCUGAUUUCCCAAAUAAGUCUCUCCAAUUGCAAAUACCUCGCAUACCUCUAACCAAAUAAUCAAGCGCGUAAACCACACACAUAACAUCCACGCUCACACAACCACGUACAUAAGGACGGCAUAUAUACCAUUCGGGUUUUACCAUCCACUACACUGAAUCCACCGCUGCGAAAAAAGGUUUCGCAACCCUAACAGACAAAGCUAGUUCAGAACUGCUGCCUACCACAACCAACUUCUCGACCCAUCCAAAUCGGAACAAUACAUUUCAAAACAAUUUAAUCAACUGGUUCCGAGAAUCCAUAUCCGAACAACCUCAAGUUCAGAAACAUUGAUUUACAGGUCUCGAACACAAACCGAUCUCACUAACUACAAACGUAUAUCCCAAACCAUACACCCCUAUACCCUAUACACCAUACCCUUAACCCUUAACUCAAAAGAAUACUUAUUUCUUUCCCAAAUCACUCAGCUCGCUAAAACAAAAAAAUGGUCUUCACGUAUUUAAAACCUCCCACCAAACUCUCUGUCUUUCAUUAUACCUAAGAGAUUACCUAAUCUCUUAUAUUUACACAUAACUAUGUAUUAGGAUCCCAACAAACCAACCACACACCCGCCAUCCACAAGCUUACAAUUUCCGGCUUACCAAAACUAUUCUUAAACCCUUUACCCUAUAUUUCUGUAUACUAGUCAAUAGCGGUUAUCAAGUCGUGGUUAGCUAAUUCACAAAAUCAUUUUCUGCCAUAUAGCAACCUAGUGGUCAAAAAUCUAUGUUCCAAUUUCUGUAAAAUAAGUCAACAAGCAGAACAACAA